CAUCGCUGUGGUGGAGGUCGGAGAGGAAGAGUGAUGUGUGGUGCUGAUGCUGAGAUCCAGACGGGCGGGGAGCAAAGCAGGGAGCAUCCUUAGCAAUGGUGGAUAGAAGUCUAAAGAGUAUCCUGACGCGGGAAAAGAGGCUAUGAGCCUCCAUACAUAAGAAAAUGAGCAGAUAAAUGGCUCGUUUAAGCUGGGGGCUGCCAGAGUGCUCUCAGGGUUGCAGUGCCUAGCACCAGCUCUGCAGGACAACGCCAACAUGAACGGCACUGCAGAGCAGCAGGACAUUCUGCCCCCAAAUUGCAUGGUCAAAGAACGAUGGAAGGUGCUGAAGAAGAUAGGAGGAGGGGGGUUCGGGGAAAUCUACGAGGCGUUGGACCUGCUGACUCGGGAGAAUGUGGCGUUAAAAGUGGAGUCAGCUCAACAGCCCAAACAAGUCCUGAAGAUGGAGGUGGCAGUUCUGAAGAAACUGCAGGGUAAAAACCAUGUGUGUAAGUUCAUAGGCUGUGGGCGAAAUGAUAAAUUCAACUAUGUCGUCAUGCAGCUGCAGGGAAGAAACCUGGCAGAUCUCAGGCGAAGUCAGCCACGUGGCACCUUUACCAUGAGCACAACCCUCCGCUUGGGAAAACAGAUUCUAGAAUCCAUUGAAGCCAUUCACUCUGUUGGCUUUCUCCACCGAGACAUCAAACCGUCAAAUUUUGCCAUGGGAAGGCUGCCUUCAACAUACAGGAAAUGUUAUAUGCUCGAUUUUGGGCUCGCACGACAGUAUACAAACACCAAUGGGGAAGUCCGACCGCCCAGAACCGUUGCAGGAUUUCGAGGGACUGUUAGAUAUGCAUCUGUGAAUGCACAUAAAAACAAAGAAAUGGGUCGCCAUGAUGACUUAUGGUCAUUGUUUUACAUGCUGGUUGAAUUUGCUGCUGGCCAGCUGCCGUGGAGGAAAAUCAAGGACAAGGAGCAGGUGGGUCAGAUUAAAGAGCGCUAUGACCAUAGGAUGCUGCUUAAACACAUGCCAUCAGAGUUUAAUGUCUUCCUGGAGCAUGUUUUAGGCCUUGACUACUACACCAAACCUGACUAUCAGCUCCUGAUGUCAGUGUUUGAGAACAGCAUGAAAGAACGCAUCAUCACAGAGAAUGAGCCAUAUGAUUGGGAGAAAUGUGGGACGGACUCCAUGAUGUCUGCCACCACACCGACAGCAGCGCAGAACACACGACCUACAGCGGCUAUGGUUGGGGUCAUAAAUGUGACCCAGAUGCCUGGUGACCUUCAGAGGGAAAAUACAGAUGAUGUUGUGCAGGACGAGCACCUAAGCGACCAGGAAAAUGCCCCUCCGAUUCCCUCUGGCCGGCCAGCUGAUGGUAGUCAGUUACCCACUGACGCAGAUGCAUGGGAGGAGACAGACUUUAAUCGCAACAAACUCAGGAUUAAUCUUGGAAAGGGAGGUCAAGAGGAAGAUGGUAGCCGGGGUGUGUGUCCUGUGUCGCCACAAAGGGGAGGUUUGGACUCUCCGGGUAUGCAGGUGCACUCACUCAGGUACCGACGGGUCAACAGCCCUGAAUCUGACCGCAUAUCUGCCGCUGAUGGACGGGAUGGUUACGGGCAACGCUCUCGAAUGGACAUCCUGGGUUCUCCUUCUCGGCAUGUUUACUCCUCCCAGCCUGCUCAGAUGCUGUCCGUCGAAGGUUGUCGCGGAGACCGUGGUCGUAAUGAGGCCUCUGCAUCAGUGGACCAGGAAGCCCACAGCAAUGCCUUCAUCCGCUCCGUCCCACUCGCGGAGGAGGAGGACUUUGACAGCAAGGAGUGGGUUAUCAUAGACAAAGAAACGGAGCUCAGAGACUUCCACCACCUCCCAGGGGCUGAGCCCACCACAUCCGGCACCACGGAUGAGGAGCCGGAAGAAUUACGCCCUCUGGAGGAAGGAGAAGAGCGGCGGAGACAAAAGGGGACAGAUCCGUCAGUCAGACCCAAGACGUCACACGGCGACCGGACUACACGUGGCAUGCUGCCCCUUACGGAGGAGGAGGCAUCCAGGAGGAGCGGGAAAGGCCAGUCAACUUCAGCGGAGAGCCCUGUGCAGUCACCCUGUCACUCGCUGCCUUCCGGACGGCCACGGCGGAAAGAGUCAGAAUCCAACGGACCUCAGAGACAGAUGGAUGAUGACAGGCCUCACUCGGGCCCGCGCUCCAACCAGCUACGACGUCUCGCCUCCUACGUUUUCUCGUCCUCCACGUUGGAGACCGAGCAGUACCCUCACGCCGGAGGAUCCUUCAUCCAGCGCAGCCGGUCGGCCGAAAGCAGCCCAGCUCACGGUAACCUCCGAUCGGGCUCGAGACGUCACGCUCCCCUGCAGCCGCCUGGAAGUCCGCGCAGCAGGCACUCCAUGCUCAACGUGUCCCGCCUGCAGAUCCAGCAGAUGCUGGCCAAACUAAUGAACAAAAACAGCUGAGGAAAGCUGAUGUAGUCUCUUCUCGCACACCGAUGUGAAAGAAUUUUUUUUUUUUUAAAGGACGAUUAUUUUUUGGGAAAGAUGUAGUCUUUUCUGAUGCAAUAAACUGUAGAGGGCUGUAAGAAGGUAACGACGUAUUAAAGGGAAUGCCGCGCUUUUACACACGCUGUUCAUAUCUCGCACUUUCUGCUUGUUAUGAACAAACAAUUUAAUCAUUUCAGUCACUCAGUUAUAUAACAAUAAAGAUAAUUAUAGCCAAAAUUCAUUAUCUGCAUUGGCUAUUUGUGUACCUCAGUUGCAUGUGUGUUGCAUUUCUGCAUUGCAGCUGUGGUGAACUUGAAACAUACAUGAAGUGACCCACUGCCUUUAAUAUGCAAGCUAUUUCAUUGUCUUCCAUGCAAAAAAAAACACAUCAAAACAUUUUUUGUUCCUUGUUCGAUAUUUUUAGUAUUAUAACACAUUCUGAGCCAUCAUCCAUAGUACAUAAUGUUCCUUACAUACACAGGCUUUCAAUUUUACACAAAAUAUAAUUUUUUUUCUGUGCUCUAAAGGUGCUUUGCCUCACAAAAGAGAUGUUAUGCAAGUUGAAAGAACAUGUUUUAAAUAUAAAAUGGAACCAUGGGAGCAAAAGGGAAUAAUAUGUCUACGCUUUUAUAACCAAUAGAGUGGCAUGCUGGAGUCUGGUUAUCUUUUACAAACUAAAUAUGAGUCGGCUCUUGUGUUGUAAAUGAAAGAUCAGCACGCAUUUUGGUUUCUCUGCCGCUGAUUAAAAUUAGUAUAGCCAUAAAGUAAGCAAAAGCAAAAAAUAUAUAUAUGUACAGUAUAUAUAUAUGAAAGCAGUUUCCAUUUAAUAGCAUCUUUUCUUUUAAAUGUUUAGGAAGGUGUGUAGAUAAAAGCUUCCAUAUCAUAUAUUUAUGUGCAUAGAGCUUUGAAUGCACCAUGUAAGCAUUAUCUCUCAUUGAAUACCUCCUAGUUAGUCUUGGGUUGGAUGCACAGUUUUGUGUUGUAUGUUAUUGAGUAGCAAAUGUAUAUGUGUGAGACUGCUGUAGGGUCUUUUGAGUACUGUUUUUCACUAUUGCACUUUAAAAAAGACACCGAAUUGGAGCCAUAGCUGUUUCCUUGGCGAUGUGGGACAAAAAAUGUGAUUGAUUGCAAUAAGAUGUGAAUGGUGGUUUUGAAUUGAGAGGUACAAGAUUGUCAUUUUCUCAAUUAAAAUCCACCAGUGUUUAUACUGAAAAGGAGAACUGAAAAAAGGGCAUAUUCUAGAAAAUAUUAUGUACAUUAGACUUGUAGUGAUUAAAUAGCACCUUCGUUGAAUAAUCUUCAUUUUAUGGAAGUUGGUGGGUUAAGUUGUUUCAUGCUUAAACAACCUACGCUUGAAAGUUAAAUGGCUCUUGUUGUAGCAGGUGGAGAUCUUUUGGCAAUAUAACAUAAGAUGCAUGAAAGUUGAUGGAAAAUUUACUUGGCUUUUGUCAGGAAAGCAAAUAAAAUGAUCAUUAAUUGUUUAGAAAACCAUUUACUUUCGCUUGAGUUUAUUAAUAUAUUUGUUUAUAUUUUUUAAAUUCUAAAAAUGAAAGCUUUUUUUGCAAAAGAAGUGUUUAGAAACAUGGGAUUUCAGAAAAAGUGUAUUCAAAAAUCUGCUGUUUGUUCAAGCUAACAUAAAACUUGAGUCAGUUUUGGAGUGUGCACUGCACCUUUAUAUGAUCACAUUUGCUGAACUGUGCAUCUUCAGUGAGUGAAUAAUAAGUAUUUGAAACUGUAUUAGAACAGGAUGAUACGUUUCAAAAAUGACUUGGUUUCUGUAUAUGUUUCUGGUACUGUCACAGUCAUGGCUUCUCACAUGAAUGUACUGUUAUAUACCCAAACAGGCUGCUAACUCUUGCACUUGUUUUGCACAUCUGCUUUUGCCUGGUUUACAUUAAUAUUUUCAGCUGUAAUUUUACAGUAAUGACACCGACAUUAACGGUGCAAGAAAAGUCGUUAUUGUUGAGACUGUCCAGGUCUGUUGACUUGGAAGUACUGAAAAGACAGUGCGGUUCAAAACCUUGUUUUUGCAUGACUAACAAAUGAAGUUGGUCCAUGAAAGCAAAUGAAACUAAGACAAUUUUAUAUGGCUUAUGUUAUGCCUUUAUGUUUCCAUGAAUUGUAUACUAAGUGAUUAACAGAGCAAAUUCAUUGAUGUCUUUUUGAAAGCAAAAUAUUCAAUAUUUGAAAUAUUUAAUUGACAAAUAAAUUUGCAGUUUAAGACCAUUACAAAAUGUUAGCAUGGCCCUUAUGUUUUUGUAAAAGAUUUUCUUUUAGUGUAUAUGUACUGUUUACAACAUUUUCUAAAGCCUUUUAUUUUAUCUCUACCAGAACAUCUGCAUGUGAUGCUCUGAAAUACCAAAAAGAAAGUCAUUAAGUCUAUUAAAUCCCACUAAACUGCUCUUAUGAGUUUUUUUUAUGGUUUUACUUUCUGCCUAUACACAAUGCCUUUGUCACAAUAACACCUUUUAGAUGGAGGAAAUGCUGUAUCAUAGCUGUAAUGUGCAUGUUGUAUGAUAUACUGCUGAUUGCAGGGUCAUUCUAUAUAAUGUAUAUAGUGAGAUGUGAUGGAUCAAGGAUGUUUGGAGCAUAAUCAUGCCCGCAGGGAGUAAUAAUCUUAGCUUGGUGUUGUGAGAAGCUUCACAUGAACUACAAUGAACUCUAUUAUGUUGAUACCGAUACACAGCUCAAAAGCAACAAUGUACACAGACCAACAGACAAGCUCUUGAAGGAGCUGAUACAAGCACCGACUGUUGUCAAUAUUUACUGUAUUCUGUAUAUUUGCAAUUAAAAACAACUAUGUGUCAAUGUUGUGUAAGUUGCAGAAGGUUUUAUUUUACUUUUUAUGUAACCAGGCAAGACAUUUAAGAGCAAGGUUUUUAUUUACAGUGACAGUCUGGUAUUGCUAUGUAAUGUAAAUGGGCUGUGAUCUGUUAGAUUGAUGUACAAUAAGCAUAUUACCUUUUCUAUCACAAUAUCACUGUACAGUAUGCUUGUAAUAUUUCCAAAUAAAGCAUGUAUUUUAAACUUUU